GAGCUACUCUCUUGUGGUUAAGGGAGAGUCAAAUAAGCUUGAUUAAAAACAAAUAGCUAAAUUAAUCCCCUCUUUUUGGACUGAUGUAAAUGUUCAGUGGCGGGCCAUAUGUAGCCCAUAGGCCAUCCUUGCACCCCGUUAAACGGUGCACUACUACCGUCAAUUGUGGUGAUCAGCUAAUGUUAGUAAAGUUAAAAACUAGAGAAAAAAAUGUUGCUCUUGCAAUAAAACAGUUUGUAACGCUGGAGUCGCCUUGGGGCUUGUGUUGCUUUCAUGCAAAUGUCUGUAAUUGCAAUUCACAGAGGCGUCAACAUUAUACAUAAUGAGGUUAAUUUAGCUUUACACAAAUGAUUUAAUGAAAGUCUCAAAGUGUCUGAAUCAUUCAGUUGUAGAUUGCAAAAUAUUCAGACGUCUGAACAUUUUCCAUGCUAUAAGGCUUAUAUCAAUUGGUAACUUGCACAUCAGGCGUGGUGCUUCUACGUUGGCUGUCAGAGCAGUAUAUUUUAUGACUGUAAAAUCCUGGUUCCGCGAGGCUUACUGUAGCUUGCGUUCAAAAACGUCGAGCUCGCAGCACGCGGAGUGCAGAACUCCCAACUCUUGCUCUCAGAUGCGGAUGAAGAAGAGGAGGAUGUGAAGGCGGCUUGAAGCUGACCUUACAGGUGAACGUACAUUUCGCAUCCAUUUAACUAUGCCGCCUACGUAUGGCUCGAAGAAGCAUUUCAGCGUUUCAGACGACGCCUGUUAAAUGGCACGCCGCAUUGAGAGAGGCCGAGGACGAAUUAGACGCCACUGCUGCUCCGUGUGUGCCUGAGAAGGGCAUCUACUCCGCAGGCCGACCGUCACCACAGCUGGUUGGUUAGCCGCUAGCCGGCUAUCGUAAGCGGGUUUUGUUUGCACAGCUGCCCGAUUGUAAGUGUUAAACAACCAUAACGUCUGGUGUGGAAGAAAGACUGACUGAAGGAAGUGCAAUCUCCACAAAGACCUGUUUGACCAAGGAAUUCCAGAACCUUCAAAAUGAUUAUCAAGGCACAUUUUUUCCCCAAUACAAUUGGAAUUUCCCAGCUCUGAUUGAAAUCAACCACUGACUAACAAUUGACCAAUCCUCACGGAUGACGUGAAUUACAAGACGUGGUCAUUCCAAAAUGGAGAAAAAGAAACCAUGCCCACGACUCCUCGACUACUUGGUGGUGGUUGGUGCAAGGCAACCAAGUAGCGAUAGUGUGGCCCAGACCCCUCAGCUCCUGCGCCGAUACCCACUGGAGGACCACCAAGACUUUCCACUCCCACCAGAUGUGGUCUUCUUUUGCCAACCGGAAGGCUGCCUUAGUAUACGCCAGCGUAGGGUUAGCCUUCGUGAUGACUCUUCUUUCGUUUUUAUGCUGACUGAAAAGGACUCAGGAAUUACUCGCUAUGGAAUCUGCAUCAACUUUUACCGAUCUUUUCAGCGUGGGCAUCACCGUACCCGUGCGGAUAAGAGUGGUCAAAUAGAAACAAAAUUAAGGGGGGACAGCACAAGUGAGGGCUCUGAUGGGAGCACUGGAGGCCAGUCUUCUGGGUUAUCACCAUCUGACCAUGUUGAGUCAGCCCUUCAGUCUGCUUCUGGAGAAGAGAUUGAACCGCCAACUCCACAGCCAAAUGCUGGAAAGGCUGCACAACUCAGGCGAAAUGAAAAGAUGGCUGCCAGAAAUCGCAACAGCACAUUGACUUCAUUGUGUAUACUCAGCCACUACCCCUUCUUCUCCACCUUCAGAGAAUGCUUAUAUAUCCUCAAGAGGAUGGUAGACUGUUGCAGUCAGAGGCUGACACAGCGUGCUGGACUGCCACGUACAUUCCAAAGAGACACCAUGUGGCGGGUGUUUACUGGGGCACACUCAGUGGAAGAGAAGGGGGGUCAGUUGUUGGCUGACCUGCGGGAAAUUGAAUCCUGGAUAUACCGGUUGCAACGUUCACCCAUACCAAUGGCAGGCCAAAGGCGUGUGGAUGUGGAGUUGCUGCCUCAUGAAAUGAAACGGCCCCUCACCUUUGCACUGCCUGAUAACUCCCGUUUCUCAAUGGUCGAUUUUCCUUUGCACUUGCCUUUGGAGUUGCUGGGUGUUGAUGCCUGUCUUCAGGUUCUUUCAUGUGUCCUGUUAGAGCACAAGGUUAUCCUCCAGUCAAGAGAUUACAAUGCUUUAUCCAUGAGUGUAAUGGCAUUUGUGGCCAUGAUCUAUCCUCUGGAGUACAUGUUUCCUGUGAUUCCUUUACUACCAACAUGCAUGGCCUCAGCUGAACAGCUUCUUCUUGCGCCUACGCCCUACAUAAUUGGUGUACCAGCUAGCUUUUUCCUUUAUAAAUCUGACUUCAAAAUUCCAGAUGAUGUGUGGCUUGUGGAUCUGGACAGCAGCAAGGUUAAAGCACCAACAAAUGCAGAGCUUCUACCACCACUUCCAGAGCCUGAAGCUGGCGAGCUGAAGAAACAUCUGAAGCAGUGUCUGGUUAGGUUGACCGUGAUCACCCAAAAGCAGAUCUUCUCCUGUGAAAAUAAGGCCUUGGCGAGUAUGAGUUUGAACACUCAACCCAUUUUGAACCUGGAGAGGUUCCAGGAAGGUCAAGAAAUGCCCCUGCUGCCCCCAGGUCGUGAUAAAGCUUCACCAUCAUCAACUGAGUUCAACCCCCUUAUUUAUGGAAAUGAUGUUGAUUCUGUGGAUGUAGCCACCAGGGUGGCCAUGGUGCGGUUUUUCAACUCUCAAAAUGUUCUCCAUGGUUUUCAAAUGCAUACACGGACCUUGCGCCUCUUCCCCCGUCCUGUGGUGGCUUUCCAGUCAUCGUCUUUUCUUGCGUCUCGGCCAAGGCGAUCUACUUUUGCUGAUAAACUUUCCCACACCCAGGCAGUGGAGUUCUAUGGAGAAUGGGCUCUUAAUCCCACUAAUCUAGCAUUUCAGAGAAUACAUAAUAAUGUUUUUGAUCCAUCCUUAAUUGGUGAUAAACCCAAGUGGUAUGCUCACCAGCUCCAGCCAGUAGUUUACAGAGUUUUUGAUGGGAGCUCCCAGUUGAUUGAGGCGAUGGCAAGUCCAUUUGAGGAUGAGAGCAAUGACUCCGACCUCACUGACAGUGGUAGUGACAGUGAGGCAUGUGAUGACUCCAGCUCAUCCUAUUCCUCACUUGGAGACCUUGUGAGUGAAAUGAUUCAAGGGGACAUUCAGGGAGACACACCAAGCCUACAACUACAUACACAUGCUGCCCUGGGAGAUGCAAGUGAGGUGGAGUUCCCAAAGUUCCAUGACUUUAAAGAAGACGGUCCAUCUAGUGGGGAUGUUCCAGGGGAAACAUUAGAUGGGCAGCCCCUUCGCUCCAGCUCCAGCACAACUGCAAGCUCCAGUCCCAGUACGAUCAUCCAGGGAGUCAGCCAUGAACAAGUGGAAGCACCUGAAAGUGACGCACCAGUCGGUUCUGCCCCACAGAACCCAGUCAUAGGAGUUACCACUCAGCCGUCUCUCAGAUCAGGAAUUGAAACGGGCCUGGUGGAUCAGACUAUUAAGAAACGGGAGUAUGACAACCCUUAUUUUGAGCCUCAGUAUGGCUUCCCCACUGAAGAUGAUCCUGAUACAGAAGAGCAAGUGGAGUCAUACACCCCUCGAUUCAACCAGAACCUCAAUGGCAAAAAGGCACCGCGUCCUUCACGUCCGAGUAGUCUCAGGCUCCCUGGGGAGUCUGAUGGAGAGGGUGACAGCUCACCAAACUCAACCAUUUCCAACAGCAGUAAUGAUGGAUUUGGGGGACUAAUGUCUUUUGCAAGUAAUCUUUACAAGAAUCAUGGCACCAGCUUCAGUCUGUCCCAUCUUGCGCUACCAAACAAAGCUGCAAGGGAGAAAUCGACACCUUUCCCCAGUCUCAAAGGUGCACGUCCACCCCGGGCACUUGUCGACCAGAAGUCUUCUGUUAUUAAGCACAGUCCAACAGUGAAGAGGGAAUCACCCUCUCCACAGGGUCGCAUCAAUAACACAAGUGAAAACCAGCAGUUUUUAAAGGAGGUUGUACAGAGUGUCCUGGAUGGACAAGGUGUGGGCUGGCUUAACAUGAAAAAAGUGCGCCGCCUGCUGGAGAAUGAGCAGCUCCGCAUCUUUGUUCUGAGUAAACUCAACAGAGUCAGCCAGUCAGAGGAAGAUUCCAGACAGGAGAUAAUUCGAGAUGUGGAGGUCAGCCGGAAAGUGUACAAGGGCAUGCUGGACAUAUUGAAGUGUACAGUAUCCAGUUUGGAGCAUUCAUACACUAAUGCGGGCCUCGGAGGAAUGGCGAGUGUCUUCAGUUUACUGGAGAUAGCACGUACACAUUAUCAAACUAAAGACCCUGAAAAGCGCAAGCGAAGCCCGACAGACAGUGCUGGCAGCCCGGGAAGUAAAGAGAGCCCUUCUGCUCGUAUGGAGGCAGCUCGACCACAAGGUCUUCUGACCAUUCCUCAUCUGCAGCUACCACAUCACACCACUGGUAGAGGAGCCCGCCAUUUUGACACCCGGAGCCUGAAUGAAGAGAACUUUAUUGCCUCGAUUGGAGUUGAAGGAGCAAAGCAGCAGCGCUCCCAGGUGACUGAUGCAGAGGAGAAGAAAUCUCAGAUGAGUGCUGACAGUGGUCUCAGUGUCACCUCCGGAUCCCAGAAAAGUGACACAGAAUCUGUAACCAGUUCCGAACCUCCCAUUUUAACAAGAAGUACCAGCCAGGACUCAGAGGCGAGCACAGUGAUAAGCAAUAGCUCUGGAGAGACCAUGGGUGCUGACAGUGACCUGAGCAGCACACUGGGAGAUGGCCUGGGUGGGAGAAGUGCUUUACAUUUAGCCCAGUCCAGAGGGACCCUCUCUGACAGUGAGAUUGAAACAAAUCCUGCGACCAGCUCAGUUUUUGGAAAGACUCACACAGUGAAACCUGGUGCAAAAGAACAUGCAACUGCAAUGGUAAAGGGGGUCCCCACUCAGCCAAUGGAGGACAUCAGUAUGAGAAUCUAUCUUUGUGAAGGCCUACUAGGCCGAGAUAAGAGCUCCGUUUGGGAUCAACUAGAGGAUGCUGCCAUGGAAACCUUUUCGCUAAGUAAGGAACGCUCCACUCUGUGGGACCAGGUGCAAUUCUGGGAGGAUGCCUAUUUGGAUGCUGUCAUGUUAGAGCGUGAGGGAAUGGGAUUGGAUCAGGGGCCUCAAGAAAUGAUUGAAAGAUACUUGUCAUUGGGAGAACAUGAUCGCAAGCGUCUGGAGGACGAUGAGGACAAACUCCUAGCUACCCUGUUACAUAACAUGAUUGCAUACAUGCUCAUGCUGAAAGUGAACAAAAAUGACAUUAGGAAGAAAGUGAGGCGCUUGAUGGGCAAGUCCCACAUUGGCCUUACCUACAGCCAAGAGAUCAAUGAGUUGCUGGACAAAUUGACGCAAAUGAAUGGCCGUGAGUUGUCUAUCAGGCCUUGUGGAAGCCGUCACAUCAAGAAGCAAACAUUUGUUGUACAUGCUGGCACUGAUACCAAUGGGGAAAUUUUUUUCAUGGAGGUAUGUGAUGACUGCAUAGUCCUUCGCAGCAACAUUGGCACAGUCUACGAGCGCUGGUGGUACGAGAAGCUCAUUAACAUGACUUACUGCCCCAAGACCAAGGUUUUAUGUCUCUGGAGACGUAACGGGCAAGAGACACAACUCAAUAAGUUCUAUACCAAAAAGUGUCGUGAACUCUACUACUGUGUUAAAGAUAGUAUGGAAAGAGCGGCAGCCAGACAGCAAAGCUCCAAACCAGGUCCAGAGCUUGGUGGAGAGUUCCCUGUCCAAGAUAUGAAAAGUGGAGAGGGAGGACUGCUGCAGGUCACAUUGGAAGGAAUCAACCUAAAGUUCAUGCACAGUCAGGUUUUCAUAGAGCUGAGUCACAUAAAAAAGUGCAAUACAGUGAAGGGAGUCUUUGUCCUGGAGGAAUUUGUUCCUGAAACUAAAGAAGUGGUGAUCCACAAGUACAAGACCCCCAUGGCACAUCAAAUCUGUUACUCGGUCCUCUGCCUUUUCUCCUACGUGGCAGCCGUGAAGGGGAAGGAGACGGACGGAAAAGCCAAGAUUCUAUCGCCACGACCCCUCUCAAGCUAGUGCACCCUCUGCCCGCCUGGACCUCAACCCUCCUUCCUCCAUGUGCCUCGACUUGAGCCCAAACACCCACCGACAAUCCCUGAUCGUGACACGGAAGCACACAAAUGAGUGUAAAUAUUGGCUUGUCUUCGACCCGCAGUGCUCUGUGACGUGUAAAUACUCGUACCAGGAAGUUUGUCCUCGUAUUAACUGUGUUGCCUUCUCCUCUUCGGCCAGAUGUGCAUGCAGGUCCCGUGCACCCCCAUUGAACUAUUAACUGUGAUCGUGUGCUUAUUUACUAUAAUGUCAUUCUCCGUUAACACGUGCACGGACGUCCGCUAAGGAAACGAUCUGUGCUCCCGCUCUUCGCUCCGUCCGCCGGGCUUACUUACUGUCCUAGUUCCUUCCGCUGAUACCUCGUCUGUGCUCUGCUGUCCAUCCGUAGCAUGUUACGUUUGACCAUUCAGGAAUAAUAUGAUAUACAUAUUUUGCUGUGUAUUUAUGAAACGUAAUGCCCAUAAUUAUUGACUUGCCUAAAUGUGCAAUACCGAGUUCACAGGGUGAACGUGCAUUCUUUUGCUGUCGAUUGACGUGAUAGGACGUCGGUGUGAUGUGAUUUAGUUUCUCUUCGGUGUGUGAACCGUGAAGUUAUUUGGUAGAUUGGGUCACGCUACAGAAACCGCUCUGUAAUGUGAUCUUCAAACUCAUCUUCUCCCUCGCGUUCAUGAAAUAUGUGAACACAGCGCACUCUCUCCAUUAUAGUUCUUGACGCAAGUGGUCAAGAUGUACUCGGUGUACUAUUCAAAUACAAUAUUGGCUUUUGGGGUGAAACGGCAGUCGUGUGAGCAUGUCGGAAGCGCUGCGUUGUUAAGAUUCUAAUAGAUCCACAAAGGAAAUUCGCAGUGAAUGUUGAUGGAGCGGUGACCUUUUCUAGUGUUUUGAUGUCUUGUUUAAAGUGAACUUUCCGGUUGCCCAUCCAACUUUCUGUGUGUGCCUGUUUCUCCACAUCCAUCAAUACAUCAACAGAAGCCUCUGUAUUUUUAGCCUUUGACUGUAUCCAAAUGAAUAAAUAGGAAGUUCCACUCAUUCCACCUCAUUGGUCAUGAUAAAAUAAGAAUUCGGUGUAGGACUGGAACAAAGCUUUGAGGAUCAGUGGAUCUUUCGGACUAUGAUUGUCUGUGUUGACCGGCAUCUGUCUCGUGAGGAAACAAAUGUAUUUAUAGGAAUGUACAGCUUAGGCCAUCUAAUAAAGUCAUUCAAAACAGAGCCUCGUGUUUAGUUUCUUUGGAAGAAAAAUUUAGCACAAACUGCUAAAUGGUUACUUUAUUGUCGAUGCACUUGUUCAUUUAUUUACAACUUUGGCUCGCCAGCAUCUGAAUUAAGACCUUUGGAAGAGAAAAGGCACAGGAUUACGCACAUCCAAAAAUAAACAACCUCGUUUUAGCCUAUUAAUCGUAGUCGCUUGAUAUGCUGUAACUGGGAAAAAAAAAAAGGGAAGUGGAAGGAAACGGGACAUUUGAUUUGAAGAACAGAUUCUGUAUACAGUCAAUGUGAGUAAUGUAGACCUUGAUUAGUCAUAUUUGCAGUGAAAGGAAAACUGUUUGUUGGGUUUUGGCAAAACAUGUUCAGAAGUUGAAGUCGUCUGCAGAUGAAUUGACUUUCCACGUGAAGCUUCAAGUGGGAGAAAAAGUCUCUUCG